AUGGAUGAUGAUAAAAAUUAUGUGACAACAAUUGAAAUGCAUCCAGACGAUCAGUUUAUUGUUAAAAAUUAUGGUCAAUUACCUGAUUAUAUCCGUACAAGUAAUUUAAAAUAUACUUAUGAUCUAAUAGAGGAAUUUCUUUAUGUUGGUGUUAUGGGUAGUUCGGAAUCAAAAGAAUUUAAAUUAGGUAAAACAUCAGUAAAAGAUAUCGAACAAUGA